ACCUAUCGCGCACUCUGAACACUUUGGAGAGGACAAAAGCCAACCAAUCAAGUUGUGCAUGCAGAAAGCAGUGACAAUGCCAUCCCAAAGCUUUGACCUCCUGGGACAAUUUAAGGAUAAUACGCUAUAGACUUUCAUCUAAAAUUGCCACGGCUGCUUCACGUCUCCCCACUUACUCCCAUCCAACCUCAUUCUCCCAGUCUCCUUCAGUGCUCCCAGAAUAGCCUCACACCGGAGGAGCGCUCUCUAAAUAUCACCGAACAGGGUUUUUUUUGGAUUUCGGGGUGACUUAGGAGACGCUGGAGAUGGAUUAAAGGGACGGUGCACCGCCAAACUGGAGCAGCACGCAAGACCACGCCGGGGGGGAAGGGGGCGACGGGACUCGGUGAAUUCGCGGAGCCCCCGGGACAGAGGCUGUGACUGGUCCCAGCCCAAGAUGACGUCCCCCAAGAACAAAGCAAAGAAGAAACCGCCCAAAGACAGCAUCACCCUGUUGCCGUGCUUUUAUUUUGUAGAGCUCCCCAUAGUCCUCUCCUCCCUGGUGUCCCUGUACUUCCUGGAGCUGACAGAUGUGUUGUCCCCGGCGAUGGUGGGAUUCCGUUGCCAUGACCGUGACCUCUCCAUGCCCUACGUGGAGACGGGAGAUGAGCUUAUCCCGCUGCUGAUGCUGCUGAGUUUGGCAUUCGCUGGUCCUGCUGCGUCCAUUAUGCUGGGGGAGGGCCUGAUGUACUGUUUGCAGUCCAAACUGAAGACAUGUCCCAAGUCCGAGAGCAGCAUCAACGCUGGAGGCUGCAGCUUCAACUCCUUCCUACGCAGAACAGUGCGCUUUGUUGGUGUUCAUGUGUUCGGUCUCCUGGCAACAGCCCUGGUGACAGAUGUCAUCCAGUUAGCUACUGGUUACCACGCCCCUUUCUUCCUCACCGUCUGCCAGCCCAAUUACACGGCCCCGGGAGUGUCAUGUGACAACAAUGCCUACAUCACACGGGACAUCUGUAUGGGGAAGGAUCAGUAUGCCAUCAUGUCAGCAAGGAAAACAUUUCCAUCCCAGCAUGCAACGCUCUCUGGCUUCGCUGCUGUCUAUAUCUCCAUGUAUUUCAAUGCCAGCAUCAGCAGCACGACUAAGCUGCUGAAGCCGUUGCUGGUGUUUGCUUUCUGCAUGGCGGCGGGCCUCGCCGGGCUGACGCAAAUAACUCAGCACCGCAGUCACCCAAUAGACGUCUACGUGGGAUACCUCAUCGGAGCCGGCAUCGGAGUCUACCUGGCUGUGUAUGCGGUGGGGAAUUUCAAAGCGUCAGACGAAGACGCUCCGUCUUUGCAGAGACUGGCCCCAGCUAACCAGAAGGACGGCCUGAGGGUGCUGAGCCAGCGGAGUCAUGACUCCCUGUACCGAAAGACUCCCAGGGUGUCUGAGAGCAGAGAGGAGCUGGGUGCAGGGCUGGGCUCCGGGGCUCGCAGUAAGGUAAGGAGGGAGAAGGCGUCCCUGGCCUCCCUUAAACGAGCAAGCGCUGAUGUGGAGCUCCUCGCAACCCGAGGUCCAAUGGGCAAGGAAACCAUGGUAACCUUUAGCAACACCUUGCCUCGAGUCGCAAAUGGAAACAGCCCCAUUUCUCCUUCGGAUGAGCUGCCGACCACGCAGCGUCACAUGACCUUCCACGUGCCCUUUGACCCCCAGAGGUCUCGGCAGCUGGUGUCAGAGUGGAGGCAGCGCUCGCUGGAGCUCCGAAGCCAGAGCUCACGAGACGAGGAGGAGGACGGGAGGGACGGAGGAGAUGAAGGAGGAGCAACAGCAGGAGAAGGAGACCAGGAGAUGCCUUCAUCUCUUUAUCCCACGGUACAAGCCAACAAGGGCACCGCCACACCAACCACAGCGAGAAUGGUGGUGGCUCCACCGCUCGUUCACAUCCCAGAAGAAGCAACCCGGCCGCCGCCGGUCUCCCCAAAGAGUGCCAAGACGCGUGCCAAGUGGCUGUCACUCACCGAGGGAGGAGGAGGUAAAGAGCCGGGGACGGGGCCCAUCGCGGUGUCCACUCCCCGCGUUCCCAACACGCAGCCGAACCAGCCGCCCAGCCAGCAGAGAGUCACUCAGGUGAUAGCCAUGUCUAAGCAGCCGGGUCAUGGAGUCACUUCAUCCACUAAAACAUCAGAAGGUGGCUCCUCCUCCGGUGCUGGGUCCAACUGCUCCGAGUCGCCCUAUUACCGGAUCCCAUCUGAUCGAGACAGCUGCACUGGGAGCAAUCCGGGGAGCAUUGCCGGGAGUGGUAGCAUCGUCACAAUCGACGCUCACGCCCCUCACCACCCGGUUGUGCGAGUGUCAGCUAACAACGGGAAGCCGUGGGAGUGGAGAAACACCAUCAGUGGUAACAUGAUGGCCGCCGACACGUCAGGGGACAAACACCGCGUGUCGCUGCAGCGACAGGAGAAUGUCAGUCACUACCGGGAUUACCGGACGCUCCCAGUGAAAACAGACUCGCUCGGCUCCUCCUCAGCCAGCGGCAGCGCCGAAGGAGGACAGGACUUGCCUCCCCCACCUCUCCCCACCUCCUCCUCCUCCAUGCCUCCACCUCCUCACCCGUCCUGCUCCAGCAUGCUCCCCCCUCCUCCCCACCCCGACUUACUGUUAGACAGCCACAGCCAGGCGCUGUCCCGCUCCUCCACCCUGCCUCGCCGGCCCUCCGUCUCCGCCCGCAGUCAUGCUGAGCAGGAGCACUACUACAAGGCCAUGCAGAAUGAGAGGAUGUUAUAGUAAAGACAUCAUUGUCAUAUCAAUGAUUGUACUUCAAAAGACUCAGCUGAAAGAGACAGCCAAACAAAAUAGAUUGUGGCAGGUGGAUGGAGAUUUAUAACUUUAGAAAAACGACAAAACGGUUUUGAGACUCUGAGACCAGAGCAGCAGCUUCGGUCUGAAUGCUGUAAAGGAGGAGGCAGCAGGGGUGGAGGACCACGGGGAGGUCUGGCAGCUCACACGCACUCAGCAGGGAAUCUGGUUUUCUCCUGCUCACAUGUACUGCCCACAGCGCCGGCUCAGCGGCUCUGACUGGGAAAAGAACAGACAAGAGAAGAAAGGGGAGUCAAAAAGAGAGCAGGGUGCAGAAUUAAAAACCCAAGUUUCAGCACGCACAUCCUCCGUGUUUCUUCAAGACACAUUCAGAGAAGGAGUGGGAGAGGCUGCAGCUGAAAGACAGAUAUCACAAUGAACGGUCUGGGAUUUGCUAAAUCAAGUUCCCCUUGAGAGGAGGGAUAAGACUGAGAAAACAAAACAACUACAGGCAAUACUUGCUCUCCUUAAACUAGUGCAGCUGUUUGAGGUUGCCAGGCUUACACGCAGAGAAUUUGCCUUUUUAACCAACUGAAAAAGUCGUGCUUCACAGAGUCCAAAAGCUCUGAGUAAAGACAAGAAUGCAGUAAUGUUAAGUUCGACCACAGGUUCAAGAGUAUUAGAGCAUGAGUCUUUUUACCCCUCUGAAUACACAAACCUAAAUGGGGAAUUUUGUGUUUGACGCCAAGCAAAUCUGUCAGUAUCCACCAGAGAGAGCCGGCUUAGGAAGCGUUGCUUCAAGUUGGGGUGUGAAAAGGAGGAGGAGGACUGGGCAUAAGGAGGAUCACGCACAGUUGGGCACCCCAAUACAGACGUCACUGACUGGAUUACUGCUGUAAACAUGAGAGGCGGUGGAAUGGAAAGAGAAUUGUUCCUAAAGUGAAGAGGGUGGUUGGGCUGGGCCGCGCAGCACAGCGAGCCAGGCAGCCAGCCUGUCUUUGCUGUGUGCAAAACCUGCCACGGAGCCUGAAGCAGCACUAAGGAGAUUAACGUUUGUUUAUCAAACCAUGCUAGCACACUCUUCCCCCCAUAGCCUAUUGCAUUUGGCCCUCUGGCAAAUCUGAAUGGUGAAGGGACCAUUAAUGGAAAUCUGCUGUGCUAGUAGCGCAGCGUCAGGCAGGUGCUGGUAGGAUGCGACUAACUGGCUCGUGUUACAAGCAGUCUCUGCUAUACCUGUUAGCACAUUAAAGUUUUGGUACCACUUUCUAACUAGGCAUACAUUGGAAGGGGUUUAUAAUAUGUUGUUUAUUAAUGAUCAUUUCUUUAUUUGUCUUUAUAGAUCAGUGGCAAGGCUUUCUUUUUAUGCUUUAUUAUGAAAUAGCUGUAGAGUGACAGAAAAAGGAGGAGAGGGAAUGACAGGCAGCAGAGGAAUCAAACCUGGGCCGCUGCCAGGACUAAGGGGCCGAUCACACCAAGACGCAUCGUGCCAGACUGCCCCAAAGACACCAUGUAAGUGCAUCUGGAAAAACUGCUGGGGUUGUCUGUGGAGAGGGGCUGCGUGCAUGUGGCCAAAAGUGACAUUGACAAGCAGCGCGACUCUGCGCCUUAAGUGGAAAAGUUGAAAUAUUUUAACUUUUAUGCACGCCAAACAGUCAGAAAACAAAUCGCACAGCAGCAAGAGAGGAGUACCUGACAGGUGUGCUAUACCAUAGGGAAACAAUGCUUUUGCUGGCAACGCUUUGCUGGCAGUGCGUCUCGGAGUCAUCGCCCCCUAAGCCUACAAGGGGCGCACACUCUAUCUGGUGAACCAGAGGUCGCCCCAAUAAGACAUUCUUAAAAGCAGUUUUUGGCUUGCUAGAUUGUAAACCCUGAAACCCAUUUGCUAUUAGCUGAUAAUAAUUUCACCUCUGGGGGUAACAGCCAAUAUUUUUGGGGUGCUGGUGUAGCCAGCAAAUAUGCGGACCACGACUUCCUCCUCUGUGCAGUCGUCAUUGUUCACAGUUCGAUGAGCAACUUGAGAUGUGAGAAUGGAGUUGGCCCACAGACAGAAGAUAUUUCAGCUAAUCUCUGUAAACAUUUAUCUGCAUAUGAAUGCCUCUUGUGUUUUUUGCGUGUUUUUCUUUAAAAAAUAACCGGUUCAUGUGUUAACAGUAAAUGGAUGUCAGGCUUUCAAAAGCACAAUUAACCCAAACUGACCUCAGUUCCAAGAUUACAUUCUGGCCAAUAUAUGUUUUACCUUUUUUGCUCCUCAGACUGUUUGCGUGAAUGUAACCAAAGCCCACUUAUACGGGAUUGGUCAAUACUGCUCGGGACAACAGAUGGAAACCAGAGCACUUCCUGUACCAAAAUCUUGUCUUUUUCCCUACAGAUUGUGCACACAUGCAGAAUCUGUUUACAGAGAUGAUCAGGUUGUAAAACAUCUUUCAUUGGUCAACGUGUCUUUUUAUAUAGCUAUUUAAUUUUUUGGGAAGCACUCUGCAGGAAGAUGAAAUAAUGUUUACAAUAUUUACAACACCAAACUUUAUUUAUCUGUCUAGCUACCAUAACCUAUACCUGUGUAUCCAUUACACAGUCAUUAGAGAUCACCAGUCCAUCACAGGCUGCCCUUAUUCAAGUACGGCUUUUUAGAGAGUGAUACCAAGACUUUUUAUUUAUUUUUUAAAUGAAAUAAAUGGGUUUGUUGACAGUGUAAACAGACAACCAACAUCAUAAAAAGCCAGCAAGAUCUCAACCUUAGGUCCACUUGCUCUGGCGCUUUUGACAUGCAACACACAGCAGAUGUUGUUUACACAGUUGUCAUGUAAACUACUGUCGAUGAAGACCAUUUAAUGUGGUCAAAAGGUCCAGAACAAGCAAGUAAGUACACUUUUAGUUGAGAUUGUUUUGUCAACUGCUGUUUCAUACAGUUGGCCAAGAAAAAGUUGUAGAUUAAAUGAUUAACCAUAGAAUU